AUGACAACCCCCGACCCUUCGGGCACUGCACACGAAAUUGGCCUCGUGGAGGUGUGGGGUAUCGUAAGUAAGGACAUGUGCAUUUGCCACCUCGCAUUCAUAAUACCGCAGCUCAUCCGCUCUCCACUUCGUCGUGACUUUCGCUACUUCUGUAGCCCUUCAGCACCUUCACGCGGACCAUCACGAGCGGUCUUCACGAGCUUGGAGUGCCCUUCGUUCAGCAUGCUGUCCCUCCUCACUCAUCAGAGGUCAACUUGCGUUCUCCUUUUGGUUUGUUGCCAAUCUUCAGACACGCUCCAUUUCCACUCGGCGGCGUCGACGACCAAGAUGCUCAGCCUUUCGAGAUAUUUGAGACGCCCGCCAUCCGGGCAUACCUUGAUCGAGAAUUUGGGGCGUUGAGCAACGAGUCGAAACAUGGAACAAAGUCGGCCCUGUCGCCCCUGACUCCCUCGUCCGCUCGUCAAGCAGCGAAGGUUGAUCGCGUCGUUUCACUCGUGUGCACUCAGCUUUAUCAGACUCUAGAGCAUGGCGUGGUGAAGCCUCGUCUAGCGAUGGAAUCUAAUGGGGCUGACGAAGCUUCCAUCGGCGUCGCUCUCGAGGGUAACCUGGACAACCUUGCAGCGCUUCUCGCAACGUUCGAGAAGCUCACCCAUCAAGAUUUGGAAGCGAGCAAAUGGAUUGCAGGCACCGACAGUCCUAGCUGGGCAGAUCUCUACGUCUACCCUCCCCUUGCUGACCUGAAGGCCACGCCGGAGGUGAGCUCUGCUGAACGAUAAUGGCGCGCACUGAGCUCAGCAACUGACCUUGCUGCGCGUCGACAUGCGAUUGAAGGGCUCUGUCUUGGCUCAGAAAGCUCCAAAGCUGGCGGCCUGGGCGGAGCGCAUGUCUGAGAGACCUAGCAUUGCGAAGACCUGGAAAGGCACGUUGGACUCGCAGCGAUCAGACAAGGGCAAGGGAAGGUCGUAA